CAAUUCUUAUUAAUCAGCGGCGAAACGUGUAUUAAACAACACUAAAAUGUUCAGCAAAAUCGUUGUAUUUGGAGCUCUAUUCACGGCAGCCAAAGCUGUCUACUACCCAGCUCCUGCAGUAUCCUCACAAGCAAUACUUCGCCAUGACGAAGGUCUAGCGCUAGGACACAUCGCUGCCCCGGCACACUAUGCCGUGCCGUUAGUACACGCUGCCCCUCUCGCACAUUAUGCUGCCCCAGUAUACUCUGGUUAUGAUGUUCACGGUGACGGACAUGAUGAAUACGCGUAUCCCAAAUACGACUUCGCGUACUCAGUGGACGACCCCCACACCGGGGAUCACAAGGCUCAGCACGAAAGCCGUGAUGGUGACACAGUGCAUGGAUUCUACUCGUUACUGCAACCCGACGGUUCCGUCAGAAAAGUCGAAUAUACUGCUGAUGAUCAUAGCGGAUUCAACGCAGUGGUUCAUAAUUCCGCACCCUCCAUCCACCCGCAACCGCUCUACGAUGCACACUACUAA